AAAGCUUGGUGUUUAUACUUGCGUUUUGCCGAGGUCUUCGCGUGAUGGCUGAAUCAAUUCACUGAAAGUUACCGACUUUUCAAACAAACUAGUAGAUUUUUUUUGUUCGUACGUCAACCACACAGUGCUCGCAAAACGGAGCAGUAUAGUGAAAAAAUAACAAUAUAAUUUUCAUGUUAGGAUAUAUGUUUAUUAAAAUGUCUCUUGAACCAUCGGCUUGCGAAGAUCUGAAGGCUUUCGAGCGUCGUCUAACGGAAGUUAUCGCAGCGUUACAACCAGCCACGCUGAGAUGGAGAAUACUCCUAGGUACAAUGGCUAUUGUGACCUUCGUGGGUGCAUUCUACUGGCUAACGGAUCCACGAACAUCGAUUGUACCGUUAAUUGAUUCGCUUUGGAAUCAUCCGGUAUUCACAUUCUCCACAGCAAUUCUAUUACUCUUAUUCGUUUUCGGCAUCCAUAAGAUGGUGAUUGCACCGCAAAUCAUAACGUCACGUACUAGAAGUGUUUUAGCGGAGUAUAACAUGUCCUGCGACGAGACGGGUAAACUAAUUUUGCGACCACGUCCUACCAAUAACUCACGGUUUAGCAUCGGUGGAACCACGCGUAGCUCGAAGAAGGUAAAGCGCUAGUACCGCGAGUGUUGAUAAUAGAAGCAGAAGUGAAAUGUUUAAACGAAAGGACCAUCGAUACUUCGAACGAGACGCAGAUAUAAUUUUGACGACGGUUUCGGCCUGUUCAAAAGAUUUCUUGUACAUAUACAUUCAUUUUUACCCGCGUUAUUCAUCAUGUCACUUCAUGUUUGUUUUGAAAUAAAUAGAAUAGAUUAAAAUUUUUC